AUGUGCUGCGAUUAUGCCUGGAGUCAGCAAUGUGACGAUAUCCAACCAGGCUUGUGGGUAAGAGACAAUAAUGACUGCCAGAUCGCCUAUCAGUGUAAUUACGAUGGCGAAAUAAGUCAGCAGGUCAAAUGUAACGCAAGUCAGAUUUGGUCCAAACUUGCCAGCGCAUGUGUGUGGGAAUACGACCCUGAGAGAGACGACUGUAAUGGACAGCCGAUGCAACCUAAAGAGAAUGACGAUCGUUGCGUGAAGAGGACAGGGAACAAUCCAGAUCCCGAGGACUGCUCUCGAUUUGUGUCAUGCGCAAACGGAACGCUGAUCGCUAUUCAGAAAUGUGGAGAAGGAACACUCUUCUUCCCCAAAAAUGACUCCUGUGAGUUCGCCCACGUGGUGGCGCAUUCUUGUGGAAGCAGGCCUAUUCCCGAUCACAUUGUUUAUCAGUAACCCGAUCCAGAGUGCAAAGGUUUAGGUGAUUCUGUCAUCCCGGACCUCAGCAACUCUUGUUACUUCCACCACUGUCAGGCAGGUAAGAAGAUAAAGCGGGAUAGAUGUCCCCAUGGCACUGCCUUCAGACACGAGGGAGGCUCCGGCAAGUGCGAGUGGUCGAAAACGAGGUGCGGGCCCCGAGAGGGUUAAUGGUGGUGAGCCUUAGAUAAGGCUGUCAGCGAGACGUCCC